AAAGGGACAAAAUAAUAGAAUCAUCAGUUUCAAACAAUUUUAAUAAAAAGAACAAAAGGAUUAUUUUUAGGAACUCAAUUUUGUAGGUUUAGAUAUUAGGAUUAGAUAAAAUAUAUUACCAAAAAAAAAUUCUUGCACAUAUAUACAGAAAUACAGUGCAUAAGAUUUUUUUCCGGUUGUUUUGAUACAAUUUUGUUAAAUAGAAUUACUGGGUUUUUUAAAAUUAAUUUUAUAGGAAGAAAAGGAAAGUUUUACUGAAUUUUGUAGAUUUAGAUAUUUAGAUUAGAUAAAAUAAUUAUCAAAAGAUUUUCUUGCAUGUAUAUACAGAUAGGAUAGAUUUUUUAAACAAAAUUAUUGGGUUUUUUUAAUAUUGAAAACGAGAUUUUCAAAAUCAAAAAUCAAUAAUUUCAUCAUUUAUAUUGAUUUCUUCAUAAAGAAUCGCAUUCUGGGUUCUGGGUUUUUUUUUUUUUUUUUUGCUUUUUAUGAAUGCUUUGUAACGGUCUGUUUGCGUACGUGGCAAGAAUCUGGAGGCUGUAUGCUUCAUUGAUCGUUGAUUGAUUGGGAUUUGAGGAUUGUUUUCUGAAUGACGGGCAUCGAGUUGAUUCAUGAGAAAAGGCGUGUUUUGAUCGUAUAUUUUAGUGAUAGGAUCAGUAUUUUACCCUUUUUGAGGUUCAAUUAAUUGUGAUUUAUGUCAAAUUUUUCGGAUGCCAUUUUAGUUGAAUUCUAGAGUAGAUUGUGUUGCCAGGCAUUGAUUUGGAUCAGCAUUUGAUCAAAGUUCAAAUAGUAGAAUCGGGGUUUCGAUUAUUCUUACGUAGUUGAGAUGGAGAAGUACGAAUUACUUUGAUAGGCUGACCGGUAGGCAUAAUAGUCGGUUUUUGAUUGUUAGAAUUUUUUAUUUUCGAUGGUUGCACUUGGUGGGAUUGUGGCUUCGUUUCGGAUUGAACUGCAUGCUGUAUUGUUUAUGGCUUGUUUCGAGUUUCAAAUGGAGCUACCUUAAUGAGCAGGGGCAUUAGGAUAGUUUAAAGAUGGAUGCCACUAGCAAGACGAUUUCUGAGCUAGUUAGUUUAGUUAAGUCAUGGCUCCCUUGGCGAUCCGAGCCUGAUAAUGUGUCGAGGGAUUUUUGGAUGCCUGAUCAUAUCUGCAGGGUGUGCUAUGAAUGUGAUUCUCAGUUCACAUUAUUUAACCGUAGACACCAUUGCCGACUCUGUGGCCGAGUUUUCUGUGCCAAGUGUACAACAAACUCGGUUCCUGCGCCAUUGGAUGACUUCAGUAUUCUCCAAGAAGAGAGGGAGCAACUUCGGGUAUGUAAUUAUUGUUUCAAGCAAUGGGAGCAGGGCAUAAAUGCUAUCAAUGAUGAAGUGCAAGAGCUCGAUGAGGAUAUUAGCUCUUCACCGUCAGCCGCUAGCUUUAUGAGCACUAAAUCUAAUUAUAGCAGUAGCUAUAGUCUCGGCUCGGUUCCAUAUCUGGCUCAUUCGAGAUCUAUUCCCAGCCCUCGUCAACUGUCUUCAAUGAAUCGAAGCAUGGAUAGAUCCAGCAAGAGAAUAACAAUGACAAGUGAUGAUCUUAUGAUGGAUGUAGAAGAUCCAUCUUCAAACUAUGAACUUUUGUCAGACAGGAGUGAUUAUGAUGAUGACGACGACGACGAUGAAUACAGCAUAUAUCUGUCUGAUUCCGAGUCAAAGCAUUUCUCUCAAGAUAGUGGCUAUUGUAGUCCUAUCGGCUUUGAUGAGACGAGCAAUGAUGAGUUGCAUGCAUUUCAUCCCGAUAGUGAAAACAAUGACUCAAAAAAUUUAAGCUGUUCUCCAAUUGACCAUAGUCUCCCUUCACCGUGUUUAGAAGGAAUAUCACAGAUUGUGAAGGAAGAUGAACCCGAAGUUGGUGACGAAGGUGAAAUGUCAUCGGCUUUAUAUGCUACUGAGCCUGUAGAUUUUGAGAAUAAUGGACUUCUUUGGCUCCCUCCUGAACCCCAAAACGAAGAAGACGAGAGGGAAGCUCUUCUGUUCGAUGAUGAUGAUGAUGUGGAUGUUACAGGAGAUUGGGGAUACAUGCGCAGCUCGAGUAGCUUCGGAAGUGGGGAGUCUCGGAUUAAAGAUAGAUCGAGAGAAGAGCACAAGAAAGCAGUGAAGAGUAUAGUUGAUGGACAUUUCCGGGCUUUGGUAGCUCAACUUUUACAAGUCGAGUGCCUUCCUGUGGGUGAUGAAAAUGACAGGGAGAGCUGGUUGGAUAUCAUCACUGCUCUUUCAUGGGAAGCUGCCACGCUUUUGAAGCCUGAUACGAGCCAAGGGGGAGGGAUGGAUCCCGGUGGAUAUGUUAAAGUGAAAUGCAUAGCUUCUGGUUGUCGUCGUGAGAGUAUGGUUGUCAAAGGAGUUGUUUGCAAGAAAAAUGUUGCUCAUCGACGAAUGAAUUCAAAAAUAGAGAAGCCUCGGUUGUUGAUCCUUGGUGGAGCUCUCGAAUACCAGCGGGUCUCCAACCAAUUAUCAAGUUUCGAUACUUUGUUGAAGCAGGAAAAAGACCAUUUGAAGAUGGCUGUAGCGAAGAUACAUGCGCAUAAACCAAAUAUCCUUCUGGUAGAGAAAUCAGUUUCUCGGUAUGCCCAGGAAUAUCUCCUCGAGGAAGACAUAUCACUUGUUCUAAAUAUCAAAAGGUCAUUGUUAGAACGCAUUGCUCGAUGCACUGGUGCUCAAAUAGUCCCUUCAGUCGACCAUCUCUCUUCUCAGAAACUAGGUUACUGUGAAAAAUUUCAUGUCGAGAGGUUCUUUGAAGAUCUUGGCUCUGCCGGACAAAGAGGGAAGAAAUUGGCGAAGACGUUAAUGUAUUUUGAAGGCUGCCGAAAGCCAUUGGGUUUCACUAUAUUACUUCGGGGUGAAAAUGGAGAUAAAUUGAAGAAAGUCAAGCAUGUUAUCCAAUAUGGAAUUUUUGCCGCUUAUCACUUGGCUCUGGAGACAUCAUUUCUUGCCGAUGAAGGAGCCUCUCUUCCAGAUUCCUCUUUUAGCUCUCCCAUUACGGUGACACUUCUUGAUAAACCACCAACUAUUGCGAGGUCCAUAUCAACAUUUCCUGGUUUCACUGUUCCGGUCAAUGAAACAUCCCAGGAACCUCCACAUGGUAGUGAUCUGCAAAGAGCUAACAGUAUUCCCACUUUAAAUCUUCCGUUCUCGGUUGUUAAUCGUGCUUUGCCAAAAGAAGCUGCACAAACUUGUUUAUCUAAUGGUUCUAGCCUGCCAUCUCCACAAUCCACUACCGAGAAAGUUAAUUUAGAUUCCUUUUCCAAGAAAACUGAUACUGGUCCCAAAGAAUCGUCGACUAUGGGAUCUUUUGUUAACAAAAGUGAGUCAGCCACUAUGAGUAAUCAUCAUGUCGGGCUGUUAAAUUCUUCACAACAAAAUUCUACAGUACACAUUGACCAAGAGAAUUGUAGCACAGCAGUUGAAAUUCAAUCUGGUCUUUCGGAGGCAUCAUCGGUGCAUCAUGAUAGUCAAAACUGUAAUAACCAAUCCCAGGAGCCAAAACCAAUAAAAGAAGAAUUUCCUCCAACACCCUCGGACAAUCAGAGCAUUUUGGUUUCUUUAUCAUCACGAUGUGCAUGGAAAGGGACUGUCUGCGAAAGAUCCCAUCUGUUUCGGAUCAAAUACUACGGCAGUUUCGAUAAACCUUUGGGUCGGUUUUUGCGGGAUCAUUUAUUCGAUCAGAGUUACCAAUGCCAUUGUUGUGACAUGCCUUCAGAAGCUCACGUUCAUUGCUAUACUCAUCGGCAAGGAACCCUCACCAUAUCCGUUAAAAAACUCACUGACGUUUUCCUACCUGGUGAAAGAGUUGGAAAGAUUUGGAUGUGGCAUAGAUGCCUGCGAUGUCCAAGAACCAAUGGUUUUCCUCCAGCUACGCUGAGGGUGGUGAUGUCCGAUGCUGCUUGGGGUUUAUCUUUCGGGAAGUUUUUGGAGCUUAGUUUUUCAAACCAUGCUGCAGCAAGCCGGGUUGCAAGUUGCGGCCAUUCUUUACAUAGAGAUUGUCUUCGUUUCUAUGGAUUUGGGAGAAUGGUUGCUUGCUUCCGGUAUGCAUCAAUUGAUGUACAUUCGGUGUACCUUCCACCCCCGAAACUUGAGUUUGACUACGAGAUUCAGGAGUGGAUACAAAAGGAAAAAGAUAAGGUGGUCGACCGGGCUGAGCAUCUGUUUUCAGAAGUACUCAAAUCCUUAAAUCAAAUAGCUGAAAAGAAAAUCAGCAAAGGGGCACCUAAUAGUACCGUGAAAUCACCAGAAUCGAGGAAUCAAAUUUCUGAACUAGAAGGGAUAUUACAAAAGGAGAAACUCGAGUUCGAGGAAUCAUUGCAAAAGGCUUUGAAUAGGGAAGUAAGAAAAGGGCAGCCUGUUAUCGACAUUCUUGAACUUAAUUGGUUGCGGCGGCAAUUACUUUUCCAAUCUUAUAUGUGGGACCAUCGCCUGGUUUUUGCAACAAAUUUAGAAAAUUGCAGGCCGCAGGACAAUUUCAGCAAUUUGAUUUCAGGAGACGAGGAGAAAACUGUAACUGAUGAUGAGAAGCUCAAAGAUGUGGACAUCUUGGAGCAUGGAAAAGGCCCCGAAUGCUGUGACUUGUCCCCUGUGGAUGAAAAGCUUGAUAGGGGAUCUGACCAAAGAGAAUUAAAUGGCAAUGCUGAUAAGUCAGACGUGAUCCAACGAGAACUGGAAGUAAGUGGAGAUUUGAGUCUUGGAAUUGAAGAGUAUGGUAGUCUUUCUGCUAGUCAGAGCAUGUAUGACCAAUCGGACUGUGAGAAACCUACUGCAACUGUUCGUCGAGUCCUAUCUGAAGGCCACUUUCCUGUCAUAGAAGACUUGUCUGAUACCCUUGAAGCUGCUUGGACCGGGGAAAUUCAACAAACAGUUGUAUUGUGUAAGAAAGAUUCAUGUGAUCUUUCUGAUUCUGCUGCUGCAGGCACAGCAACGGAGAGGUUGAAUUUGGAAAACCAUUCCGAAGGAAAGAUCGUGCCGAAGGCUCUUUUUUCUUUUUCACCUUCAUUGUCCACUAGGGGUUCAGAAAAUUUGGAAGACUCGAUAAGCUGGUUAACGAUGCCAUUCUUAAGUUUCUACCGUUCAUUGAACAAAAACUUCUUAGGAAGUGCUUCAAAGCUCGAUACAUUCAGCGAGUAUGAUCCAGUCUAUGUUUCGUCAUUUCGAGAGUUGGAAAUGCAGGAUGGGGCUAGACUGCUUUUACCUUUGGGUGUUAAUGACACUGUUAUUCCGGUUUAUAAUGAUGAGCCCACGAGUAUGAUAUCAUAUGCACUAGCAUCACCUGAGUAUCAUUUUCAGGUAAGCAACAAUGGGGAUAGACAUAAAGACAGUGGGGAUAUAACUACCUCUGUAUCCGCAGAUUCAUCAACUCUUCGGUCUUUCCUUUCUGUUGAUGAAUCGACCUUUGAUCCACAUCAAAGUUUCAGUUCAAUAGACGACGGUUCUGGAUCUCGUAGCCUGAUUAUGGACCCACUCUCCCGUACAAAGGCUUUGCAUGUCCAGGUUUCCUUCGGAGAUGACGGGUCAGCUGAUAAAGUGAAAUAUACCGUCACUUGCUAUUACGCAAAGGGGUUUGAAGCAUUAAGAAGAAUGUGUUGCCCAUCAGAGCUAGAUUAUAUACGGUCCCUGAGUCGGUGUAAGAAAUGGGGUGCUCAGGGUGGCAAGAGCAACGUCUUCUUUGCAAAGACCUUGGAUGAUCGGUUUAUCAUUAAACAGGUUACGAAGACAGAGUUGGAAUCAUUUAUAAAAUUUGCCCCCGGAUAUUUUAAGUACUUAUCUGAAUCAAUUAGUUCUAGAAGUCCCACAUGCCUCGCAAAGAUUCUCGGUAUUUAUCAGGUUGCUACAAAGCAUCUUAAAGGCGGGAAAGAAACAAAAAUUGAUGUUUUGGCUAUGGAGAAUCUUUUGUUUCGAAGAACCUGCACGAGGCUAUACGAUCUCAAAGGAUCUUCAAGAUCUCGUUAUAACCCCGAUACAAGUGGAAGCAACAAAGUUUUGCUUGAUCAGAACUUUAUCGAAUCAAUGCCGACUUCCCCUAUUUUCGUCGGUAAUAAAGCAAAGCGGUUGUUGGAAAGAGCUGUCUGGAAUGACACUGCUUUUCUUGCGUCAAGUGAUGUGAUGGAUUACUCGUUACUGGUCGGAAUCGACGAAGAGAAGCACGAGUUAGUUCUCGGAAUCAUUGAUUUCAUGAGGCAGUAUACCUGGGACAAGCAUCUCGAAACUUGGGUGAAGGCUUCCGGCAUCCUCGGUGGGCCAAGGAAUGCAGCACCAACAGUAAUUUCACCGAAACAAUACAAGAAAAGGUUCCGGAAAGCAAUGUCGACUUAUUUCCUGAUGAUCCCCGAUCAAUGGUCUUUUUCUACCAUGCCAAGAAAACCUGGGUUGGAUACCGGUGAAGAGAAUGGGCAAAUCCGGACCUCGGUUAAGUGAUUCUUCAAAUCUGUGAGUGUAUAUUCAUAUCUUUGAUUCUUUUUCCCCCCUUGUUCAUAUGAUUGAUUUCCAUUUUUUUCAUUUCUUUUUGAGGGCAUUUUUUUCUCACAAAAAAACAAUAAAUUAUAAUUAUUCUUUUAGGAAAGUUGCAUGGGAUUUUUUUUAUAAGACAGAAAUUUUUAUCAGAGUUCCAAAUUUUGAUGA